CCAACUCUGCUAUGUGGUUCCGCUCGCCUGCGGUGAUAUCCCCUUCCCGCUACGUAGAUCCCUGAGAAGUAUAUGCCGCGUCGACAGUCGGUGCUAUAAUUUCCGGAGCAAAUAGGAGUUGUCCUCUUUUACGACUACACACGCACACACAAGCAGGUGUAUAUACUCAUUAUAUUCACUUUAGUUCCAAGUAUAUAUCCUCUUCUACUCUACCAGUUUCUAUUUUUCAAGUCAAUUGGAAAUCUAUAGCUUAUCAAAAUGGCAACCAACAUCACCUGGCACCCAUCCCUCUCGCGCUCAGAGCGCAACAAGUUCCGCGGCCAACGCGGCCUGACCAUCUGGUUUACGGGCCUGUCGGCUUCGGGCAAGUCGACCGUCGCCACGGCGCUCGAGCAGCACCUGCUGCACCUGGGCCUGUCGGCGUACCGGCUGGAUGGCGACAAUGUGCGGUUCGGGCUGAAUAAGGACCUGGGGUUUUCGGAGAAGGACCGAAACGAGAAUAUUCGUCGCAUUGCUGAGGUAGCCAAGCUGUUCGCGGACUCCUCCACGAUUGCCCUAACCUCCUUCAUCUCGCCCUACCGAGCGGACCGGCAAACGGCUCGCGAACUGCAUGCCUCUUCGGCCUCUGCAGAGGGCGACGAAGCCAUCCCCUUCAUCGAAGUCUACGUCGACGUGCCCAUUUCCGUGGCGGAGCAGCGCGACCCGAAGGGCCUGUACAAGAAGGCGCGUGCGGGCGAGAUCAAGGAGUUCACGGGCAUCAGUGCGCCAUACGAGGCGCCUGAGAAUCCCGAGAUCACUAUUAAGACGCAUGAGAAGAGCGUUGAGGAAUGCGUGGCGCAGAUUUUGGAGUGGUUGCAGGAGAAGGGGUAUGUUACGCUUAAGAAAUAGUCGUCGAUCAACGACAUUGUGAAUGUCAAAGGACAUGAAAAGAAAGGGAGCAUUGGGAAUGUAGAUAAAAGGUAACGGAGAACUGGUCGGAGACUAGGAGUCAAUGGACUGGUC